AUGAAUUGGCAACAAAGAGCAGGAAAUGACGACCAGUUUCGCUGGUGUCAAGCCCCAGAUGGUACUUGGCAACGCGAUAUCGACGAGGCUGAACGCUUCUACGCAACCUUUUGCAGAAAGCCGGAUGACCCAGAUGCCGCGUCUUUUGCUGUCACUUGUCAUGCUUCAUUUUUUGUCCCAGUUUCUGAGACCGGCGGAACAUAUGAAGCAACAAAUGAGAAGAUCACGGACGCGCUUCGUACUGCUUGGCUUGCCCUCUGCCAUGAGUCCCCAACACUCGCGUCAUGGAUUCAGUAUGACCCAUCAGAAGGUGUUUGGAAAAGGAUGUAUGCGCCUCUAAAUGGAUCUGAAGAUUCCCCAACUGUGUCCGCUUGGUUGUCCCAGACUUUCAAGCAAGUUAAUUCAGAUACAAACAACGAAUGGUUCAACAUGAACCCGCCGGUCUUCAAGGUUGCUACCUUGUUCGUGGUAGCCUCCCCUUCCGACCAAGAUGACCUGGUGCAUAGAAAAGUGUACUUACGUUGCCCCCAUGACUUGGUUGAUGGCAUCGGUAUACUACAUUUAAUUCAUCGCUUCUUCGAGUUGGCCGACCGGAGUUGCCAAGGAGGGGCUCUGAACACGAGAUGGGAUGGGCAUGAAGUUGCAUAUCUUUCGCCACCUCUGAGCACUGCGAUUGGAAUUCGAGGCAGACCUACUGAUGCGCAGCGUCAAGCCUUUGAUGCUCUUGUGGCAAGAAAUGCUACACUCCAGACAGAAAAACCAUUGCUCGGCUUUACGCUUAGCGAUGAUUCUGGGGGGGCAGACCGCAUCCAACGCCUCUCCUUCUCACUCUCAGAGAACUUGACUGCCGAAUUGGUCAGAAGGUCCAAGCUUCAUGGCAUCACAAUAACACAUCUAGUCAGCGCAGCACUUACUCUGGCGCUACGGGAUCUCCAGUCUUUCCCGCCAGGAACUCUGGGCGUGAAGUAUUGCAAUCAGUCCAUUGUAAAUCUGCGCGGCCUCUGUCUCCCAUCUCAAGAUCCAUUAGCCGUCGGAAACUACCACAUGGUUGCAGCUCAAUCAAUGGCGAUUGACCUGUCACUUGCCUCGUGCGACAACGCUACCAAAGGCAGCGAAGAAGAAUUGAUAGCAGUUGCAAAACAAUUCCGAGACUAUUACGCUGCUAUUCGCCCAGUAUCUAAGCCAAUAGACCAAGAUCUUCUUUCAUUCAUUCCCAUGACCUGGGACAUGUUCACGCCAAAGCCGACGACACAACCUCUGCCUCAACAGCAGGUCGCCUCUGUGGCUAUCUCGUCACUUGGAAACAUUUCCAGCAUUGUGAAAACUGAUUACGGGGCAUUUUCAUUGAAAACCGUUUGGGUCGCUGGAGAAACACUGGGAACGGGCAUCAGCACCUUCAUCCAGACCUUUGCAGGCGAGUUGGGGUUCUCGACUAUUUUCAACCUGGGAUUUCACCAGGAAGAACGCAUUGAGGCGCUUCAAGAGUUAGUCUUGAAGAAAUUGACUGAACUGUCCCAGUAA